CUUUUCUUCGUUUUUUCUUGAAUAUCUUUUUCCCUGUCAUGUCUGGUUUUCCGCUCGAUUCAACCGGGGAUUAGAGAGGCCGGAUGGCGCGUCGUCUGCGCCUGCAUUUUGCCACGAGGAGAAGCAACACCGACCCCUUGUCUGAGAGCUACAGCCACGGCUCGGAGGACGGCCCCGGGGCGGGCGAGCACAACCCGGCCGACGCCGCGCACCACGCCGGCUCCUUCCACGUGAAGGUGACCCCGGGGCAGCUGGCCCCCGCGCUGCCGCCUCUGUCGCCCGAUUACGGCGGCUUGCAGCGGCACACCGCCGUGUUCUUGCCCAAAGUGAACAGCGGCGACGGGAGCAAGAAAAGCUCACUACAGAUCUCCCUCCAGCCCUGCGUGCGGGCGGCCGAGGAGCCGGAGGCGGCGGGUCUGUGUGCCUCGGACGGAGGCUCGUGCUGCAGCAGUGCCGCCAGCGACGUGGGCUACUGCAGUGGCGGCAGCGCCGUGUUCGAGACGGACGUACUGGAGCGCAAGGCGGCGGCGGAGAAGAGCGCGUCCCGGCGCCGGCCUGGGGCUCCGCUGCGUCGCUGCACCUCACUGGUGGUGUUCCCGCAGAGUCCGUGUACCACGCCGCCAGCCUCGCCCGUCAGCCCCGUGGCUCCGCCCCUCCCUCCUCUUCCCACCCCCUCGGCCCGAGGCCCGUUCCAGACCUCGCACCAGCUGCGGCUGUCGGCGUCGGAUGCACCGCAGGAGCAAGCGCAGCCAAAGGCUCCCGUAGCCUCGGCCGUCAACGGCUUGAGGCUGUCCAAGAGUGGCGGCCCGUCCGCCGAGUACCGCGAUGCCAGGCCUGUCCUACACUUCAGCAUCUCCGCAGAGACGACCGGAGGGCCGGAGCGAACGGAGCGGCACUCCAACAUGCCGGCGCACCAGCCACCACUUCCUCCUGGGAAAGGAAGCGCGACCAGGGCAACGGUCAACGCCGACGGCUCCGAGGAGGUGGCCGGCCCGAGGGCGUGUUGUAACCCAAAGCUGCAUCGCAGCUCCUCGGCCUGCCUGCUGCCCACAGGAAAGCCGUCAGCCGAGAGGAGACACCACACUUGCCCAGCUAUUGGAACGGCGGAUGCGUUGCAGGACAUGGGGUCCCAGCAUGGCCUGAAGAGGAGCGUUUCCCUGGAGGUGCCAUGCUCGAACGGCGGGACGACGUGUCAUGUGUUGAACACUAAACCCCUUGCUUCUAUGAACGGAAUGGCACACGUACACAUACACGUGCGUCGGGGCAGCUCCGCCAAGGUGAAAUGGGACUCUCCGAAAGACACCUGCACCGGCGAUAAAGAGGAUCACUUUGUUACCUGCUCUGGAGAAAGCCUCCCAACGCGGGAUGACUUCUUGGGUCAAGUGGAUAUUCCUCUGCACCAAAUACCAACAGAGGCUCCAGGCUCUGAGAGACCAUACACAUUCAAAGAUUUCCUUCUGCACCCCAGAAGUCACAAGUCGAGGGUCAAAGGUCACCUGAGGCUGAAGAUGACGUACCUACCGAAGAGCAGUGGCUCGGAGGAGGAGUUGCCCGAGCAGACCGAAGAGAUGGAUCCCGGCUGGGAGUUCCUGGAGAAUCAGGAGCUAUGUGGGCCGCUCCACACGCAGCAGCUGCCUGCACUGCCCCCUGGCUGGGAGGAGAGGCAGGACAAUCUCGGCCGUACUUACUAUGUCAACCAUGAAAACCGCACCACCCAGUGGUCCAGACCCACUAUACAGGAUGUGCAGAGAGAGGCAGAGCAGACACACAGCACACACACCCAGCACCCGUUCAUCACACGCAGACAGAUCUCUGAACAUGAGGAAACCAGCGACCCAAGGGAGUCCCCUGAGAGCUGGGAGAUCAUCAGUGAGAAUGACAGCACUCUGUACAGCAGUCAGAACCAGAACCAGAACCAGAACUCUCCUCUUCCCCUCUCUCCUCUGAGAUUCACUUUCUGCGAGGAUUUCAACAGACUACAGACUACAGACUACAGUACUGACAGACACGCCUGUCUCACGCCGCAGGGUCACGGUAGUCGGAGGGGGAGUCUCCAGAUGCUGGCAGUGGAGGAAUACCCAGUUCAUCCCAUGAUGGUGCCCACUACCCCGGGUUUGCCCCCAGGCUGGGAGCAGAAACGGGACAGCAAGGGACGGGUUUAUUACAUCAACCACAACAGCAGAACCACUACAUGGACACGGCCGCUAGUUCAGCUCAUCCAGCCAGCAGAGGCAAGUCCGACGGCAGUCGCCGGGGGCGUCCAUUCCCAGAGCCCGACGGUGUACACCCCGCCCCUUCUCUCGCCCGACACCUCCCCUCUACACUCCCCCGGCCCCCCACAGUCCCCCGGCCCCCCACAGUCCCCCGGCCCCCACCACACACACACGUUUGAGUAUGCGGGCUGCAUGCCAGCUGGGUGGGAGGUGCGUAGCGCCCCCAGCGGACGACCUUUCUUCAUUGACCACAACACCAAGACCACGACCUGGGAUGACCCCAGGCUGAAGAUUCCGGCCCACGUGAGGAGACGACCUUCACUUGACCCCAAUGACCUGGGACCACUACCGCCCGGCUGGGAGGAGAGGGUUCACAGUGAUGGGAGAAUCUUUUACAUUGAUCACAACACUAAGACUACGCAGUGGGAGGACCCCAGGCUGCAGAGCUCUGCCAUCACAGGACCAGCUGUGCCUUACUCCAGAGACUACAAACAGAAGUACGAGUACUUCCGCAAGAAACUCAAGAAGCCAGCAGACAUCCCGAAUCGUUUUGAGAUGUCAGUGAGACGGAAUGCCGUGCUGGAGGAUUCCUACCGGCCCAUCAUGUCUGUCAAGCGGCCAGACCUCCUCAAGGCCCGCCUCUGGGUGGAGUUUGCAGGAGAAAAAGGCCUGGACUACGGGGGUGUGGCCCGAGAGUGGUUCUUUCUCAUCUCCAAGGAGAUGUUCAAUCCUUAUUAUGGGCUGUUUGAGUACUCUGCCACGGAUAACUACACACUUCAGAUCAAUCCCAACUCAGGCCUCUGUAACGAGGAUCACCUCUCCUACUUCAAGUUCAUCGGGCGCGUGGCAGGAAUGGCAGUGCACCAUGGGAAACUGCUGGAUGCAUUUUUUAUUCGCCCAUUCUACAAAAUGAUGUUGCAGAAGCCAAUCACAUUGCACGAUAUGGAAUCUGUGGACAGUGAGUAUUUUAAUUCUCUGAAAUGGAUCUUAGAGAAUGAUCCCACUGACCUGGACCUGCGCUUCACUAUCGAUGAGGAGCUUUUUGGACAGACACACCAGCACGAGCUGAAACCAGGGGGUACCGACAUUGUUGUGGACAACAGCAACAAGAAAGAAUACAUCCACCACGUGAUGCAGUGGAGGUUCGUGAAUCGGAUUCAGAGGCAAAUGAGCUCCUUCAAGGAGGGCUUCUACGAGCUCAUCCCGCAGGAUCUCAUUAAGAUCUUUGAUGAGAACGAGCUGGAGUUGCUCAUGUGUGGUUUGGGAGAUGUGGAUGUGAAUGACUGGAGAGAGAACACCAAGUAUAAGAACGGCUACGCGGCCAACCAGCCUGUCAUCCAGUGGUUCUGGAAGACUGUUCUGCUAAUGGAUGCCGAGAAGCGAAUCCGUCUGCUCCAGUUUGUCACAGGCACAUCCCGUGUGCCGAUGAACGGAUUCGCCGAGCUCUACGGGUCGAACGGGCCUCAGUUAUUCACAAUUGAGCAGUGGGGAACCCGAGACAAGCUGCCCAGAGCCCACACGUGCUUUAACCGUCUGGAUCUGCCUCCAUAUGAGUCAUUCGAGGAUCUCCGGGAGAAGCUGCACAUGGCAAUCGAGAACGCGCAGGGCUUCGACGGGGUCGACUAAGGUCGGCACCGCCUGGCUGUGGCCACACUGCCAGCCCAUGGAGGUGGCACCUGGCCUGCCAGGUCAGGAGGAAGCGGGCGAGGCGGGCGAGGCGGGCGAGGCGGGCGAGGCACACACGCCACUCGGAGACGAAGCUUAAAGGUUUAGACUCGGUCACAAGAGUGUGGACCGAAACCCGAUUUUUCUCGCCUCGAGGAAGAACUGCACGUUGAUAUCACUACUUACAGCUCUGUAUCAUGAGCAUUUAUGUUUAUGAAGUUUACAGAAAUUAAGUUUGCUUUUGUACAUCAAGUCCAAAUAAUUAUGUAUGUAUGAAUGAAUAAAUAUCUAGAGAUUUUACCUUAUGUAUUUUGGGCAAAAAACGUUAUAUAUUGCACAUUUGUCUAAGCUUUUUUAAGGACAUUCUAUAUCCAUAUUAUAUUGUGAAAUGGACACAAUUUCAGCAUAGUUUAGUUUCUACAGCUUGUAAAACGUGAUCGUUUAGUUGCUUUAUAGUUGUAGGUCUUUACAGAAGUUGACAAGUCAUGAUCUGGCUGUGGAUCUGAGCGGGAGGUUAGCUGGGUUACAUCCAGGGACAUGGUCCCCUGUCUCUGCAGAAGCAGCUGUAGUCACCUAAGACACCCAAACGUCUCUGUGUUUCGUGGUAAUUUAUUCUUUAUACACACUUUAAAUUUGUUUACAUUAAUUUUAUUUGCUAAUGGCCCACUUUAGAAAACUUUUGGUCUAAAGUCAACUUUUCUUAAUAUCUAAUUUUGUACUUUUAUGGUCUUUUUGAAGGUCUUUAAAAAGUAAAAGAAGGAACGGUAAUGAAGUCUUAACAGUGUCUUGGUCUUUGCCAGUGGGCUCAUUCACACUUCGUGUUUGAUUCUGAGAGAAAUCAUCAGCUUUGCCUGUCUAUCAGAUGUGGGUGAAUGUUUACAUGGACAGUGGUGAACACAUGCACAUUCGUUCUCUAGUACUUUAUCUGACUGUUAAAUUUAAAAUGCCUUCACCUGUCUUGAAUGAGUAAUCACUGCGUUAUAAGGUGAAUUCGGGAGGCGUUAGCGGAGCUGUUCUUAACUUCACGGAGUAUUUUUCGUUAGGAGCUUUAAGCAGAGGAGCAUUGUUAUUAACUGAACAGUGUCAGGGGUGAUAUGCCUUUAAUCUGUGAUGAAUCAUAAUGGUUUAAGCAGCUGGAUGCCGGUGUUGAUGGCAACACAAUUUCAGGUAAAAAAAAAAAAAAAAAA